CCGGUCGGCCCCUUUAAGGCAGGCGGCGGCCGGAAGUGCUGGCGGCCGAGGCCGCGGCGGGCACUGCGCAUGCGUUGCUGCUGCCCGGCCCGCCUCCCCCCUCCCCAUCCCCCCGUUCCCCCGUCCCACAGCCCCCGGUUUCGGCCGCUCGCCGACGGGAGGAGAAAACCUUGCCACGUUCAUGUGAGAGAUGGCGAAUGCCGAGGUGAGCGUCCCUGUGGGUGAUGUGGUGGUUGUACCAAGUGACGGGAAUGAAGGGGAGAGCCCGGAGGAUACCAAAACCCAAGUGAUCUUGCAGCUCCAGCCAGUGCAGCAAGGGAUUUACCAAGAGGGCUCCGAGGCCAGUGCCGCUGUGGUGGCCGUGGAAACCCACACCAUCCACAAGCUGGAAGAAGGGAUUGACCCCAGCACCCUUGAAACGAGUGAGGAAAUCGAGAUUGCCUAUCCCAUCACCUGUGGGGAGAGCAAAGCCAUCCUCCUUUGGAAGAAAUUUGUCUGCCCAGGAAUCAAUGUCAAGUGUGUGAAGUUCAAUGACCAACUGAUUAGCCCGAAGCACUUUGUUCACCUGGCUGGGAAGUCUACCCUGAAGGACUGGAAGCGAGCCAUUCGCCUUGGAGGAAUCAUGCUAAGGAAGAUGAUGGAUUCAGGGCAGAUUGACUUCUACCAACAUGACAAAGUUUGCACCAACACCUGUCGAAGCACCAAGUUUGAUCUCCUGAUCAGCAGUGCCAGAGCACCAGUACCGGGGCAGCAGAGCGUGGUGCAGACUCCAACCUCAGCCGAUGGGAGCAUCACCCAGAUUGCGCUGUCGGAGGAGAGUAUGGAGGAGGGGAUAGAGUGGAACUCGGCUCUGACAGCUGCCGUCACCAUGGCCACUGAGGAAGGCAUGAAAAAGGACACGGAUGAGAUUUCAGAGGACACACUGAUGUUCUGGAAAGGAAUAGCUGAUGUGGGGCUGAUGGAAGAGGUGGUGUGCAACAUCCAAAAGGAAAUAGAAGAAGUCCUAAGAGGUGUGCAGCAGCGGUUGGGUCAGUCUCCCUUCCAGAUGACAGAUGCUGCAGUCCUGAACAACGUCGCCCAUACAUUUGGCCUAAUGGACACAGUCAAGAAGGUCCUGGACAACAGGAAAAACCAGACAGAGCAAGGAGAGGAACAGUUUCUUUACACACUGGCAGACCUGGAGCGGCAGCUGGAAGAACAGAAGAAACUUGCCAGGGACCAGAAGACCAAGUCUCAAACCAUCCAGAAUGUAGUGCUGAUGCCCAUGAGCACUCCCAAGCCUCCAAAGAGACCCCGUCUGCAGCGCCCAGCCUCCGCUACCAUCCUCAGCCCCUCCACCCCCAUCCAGCAGCCUCAGUUCACUGUCAUCUCCCCCAUCGCCAUCGCGCCCGUUGGACAACAGUUCUCUGUGGGCAACAUCCCAGUGGCAACCCUCAGCCAAGGCUCCAGCCCAGUGACUGUUCAUACCUUGCCGUCUGGCUCCCAGCUCUUCCGAUAUGCCACCGUGGUUUCAUCCUCCAAGACCAGCUCCUCGGACACCGUCACCCUGCACCCGUCCUCCAGCCUGGCACUGCUGAGCUCAGCAGCCAUGCAGGACACCGGGGCCCUGGCCAAUGUGGCGACCAUGGUCAACCCUGUGGAACUAGUGGCCAUGGAGUCUGGCAUCACUUCCACCAUCCAAGCUGUGGAAGGCACCUCGGACGAUGGGCAGACCAUCAUAGAGAUCGACCCGGCGCCGGAUCCUGAGGCGGACACAGACGAAUCAGAGGGCAAAGCUGUGAUCCUGGAGACAGAGCUGAGGACUGAGGAGAAAGUGGUGGGAGAUGUGGAAGACCAUCAGCACCAGAGACCCAAGGGCCAAGGCAACAAAGUGCAAAACGGCUCUGUGCACCAGAAAGAUGGGUUGAAUGAUGAUGACUUUGAGCCCUACCUGAGUCCCCAGGCUCGCCCGAAUAAUGCAUACACUGCAAUGUCUGAUUCCUACUUACCAAGCUACUUCAGUCCCUCCAUUGGAUUCUCCUACUCCUUAGGUGAAGCUGCCUGGUCCACAGGGGGAGACCCCCCCAUGCCCUACCUGACCUCAUAUGGACAGCUAAGCAAUGGGGAGCCUCACUUCCUUCCCGAUGCCAUGUUCGGGCAGCCAGGGGCCCUUGGCAGCACUCCAUUCCUUGGGCAGCACGGCUUUAACUUCUUUCCAAGUGGGAUUGACUUUUCAGCUUGGGGGAAUAACAAUUCUCAGGGACAAUCCACUCAAAGCUCUGGCUAUAGCAGCAACUAUGCCUAUGCUCCCAGCUCACUGGGAGGGGCCAUGAUCGAUGGGCAGUCAGCCUUUGCCAAUGAGACCCUCAACAAGGCUCCUGGCAUGAACACUAUUGACCAGGGCAUGGCAGCCCUCAAGCUGGGCAGCACGGAUGUGGCGAGCAGCGUCCCGAAAGUCAUCGGCUCAGCCGUGGGGAGCGGAUCUAUCACCAGUAACAUUGUGACGUCCAACAGUUUGCCUCCCGCAACGAUUACACCACCAAAGCCGACCUCAUGGGCUGACAUUGCCAGCAAACCUGCCAAGCAGCAGCCCAAGCUGAAGGCCAAGAAUGGCAUUGCAGGGCCAAGUCUUCCGCCACCUCCCAUAAAACAUAACAUGGAUAUCGGAACUUGGGAUAACAAAGGGCCAGUGGCAAAAGCCCCAUCACAGACCUUGGUCCAGAAUCUUGCUCAGCAGCCACCACAGGUGUCUCCACAGCCCCAUGGCCAACAGAUCAGUAGUAGCCCACCGGUUACCCAGACUCCAGGUGGGCAGCAGCCACAGGCACUGCCACCGCCAGCCCCACUGCCUGUGCCACCGGCACAGCCUACCCGCUGGGUCGCCCCUCGGAAUCGUGGCAACGGCUUCGGCCAGAAUGGAGUGGAUGGUAACGGAGUGGGACAGGCUCAGGCCAGUUCUGGUUCUCCUUCUGAGCCACACCCAGUCUUGGAGAAGUUGAGAUCUGUUAACAACUAUAACCCCAAGGAUUUUGACUGGAACCCAAAGCAUGGGCGGGUUUUCAUCAUUAAGAGUUACUCUGAGGACGAUAUCCACCGUUCCAUUAAAUACAAUAUCUGGUGCAGUACGGAGCAUGGCAACAAGAGACUGGAUGCAGCCUAUCGCUCCAUGAAUGGGAAGGGCCCUGUAUACUUACUGUUCAGUGUCAACGGUAGUGGUCACUUCUGCGGCGUAGCAGAAAUGAAAUCUGCUGUGGACUAUAACACCUGUGCAGGUGUGUGGUCCCAGGACAAAUGGAAGGGACGUUUUGAUGUCAGGUGGAUUUUUGUGAAGGACGUUCCCAACAGCCAGCUGCGACACAUCCGCCUAGAGAACAACGAGAAUAAACCAGUGACCAACUCCAGGGACACUCAGGAGGUGCCUCUGGAAAAGGCUAAGCAGGUGUUGAAAAUUAUUGCCACCUACAAGCACACCACCUCCAUCUUUGAUGACUUCUCACACUAUGAGAAACGCCAAGAGGAGGAGGAAAAUGUUAAAAAGGAACGCCAAGGCCGUGUCAAGUAAAAGGCCAUUCCUCCAGCACAGAUUGCUGCAGAGAUUGCAUCCCAGCUGUCUUUCAGAGAGAGAAAGGAGCAAGAGUAUCCCAGAAAGAAUUAGGACUUUUUUUUCUUAAUUCCUUUGACUUCAAAAAGACUUUUACAAACUUCCAAUUAAAAAAAAAAGUAUUGGAAUAUCACAAGACAUAGGACUAAAAAAACCAAAAACAACUACAAAAAAAUCCCUUCUAGGUAGCGUAGAGGUAAAACCUGUCCCAUUUCUUUUGGCUUUGGUUGUGAUUUCAGAGCAUACACUUUGUUUUUGUCUUUUUACUAUGGUUUUUGGAUUUUCAAGUCCAUAAGUGGCAUAUGCCUUUUUUUUUUUUGUCUAAUUUUUAAAUCUCAUUGUUCCUCCUCUUUCCACCCUGUUGGGCCUCCUUCCCUGGUUAUGAUAUUUGCACUUGGAGCACUGAAUUAUAGCAUCCACCAUGCAAAGUGGAGUAACUUUAUUUUUUUUUUUUCUUUCCCCGGACCAGAAGAGGAGGAAUUCUGUGAGGAAGUUGGGGUUUUGGCCUAAGAAGAAUUGAACAGAAAAUUGUCCAAGAGGUUAUGUCUUAAAGGUGGUUCAUUUUUCUCUGACCCUUUGUUACUCAAAAGUCAAGUACUAGGAGUCCUAAGAAAUGUUCUGUUCUUGUGCAUUAUAUAGAUUUAAAGAUUAGGUCUGGAUGAAUUUGAUUUUUUGAAAGCUGAGAACAAUGGUAAAAACUUGUCUUGUUUACAGGAAAAUGAAUUUUGGACAAUAAAAAGCCCAAAACAUACAAACCAAGGAAGAAAUAUUGUAAAAUGUGUAGUGACUAUGUUUCAGUUUCUUGUUAAGCCAAUGAGGACUGGGUGUUGCCUUUCUUUUCACCAUUAAUCACUUCUCAUUAAUAAAUGUGAGAUCUUGUUGAGCAUCA